ACGCUCCACAUCCAUCCCUCCUGCACCAGCAUGUCCAUGCUGCGCCUCUCCUCGCUCGCAGCACGCGCUGCGCCUGCGUGGGUGCGCACACUGCGCAGCUCGGCGCCGCGAGGCAGCGGCAGCGGCAGCGCGGCGGCGGCAGAGAGCAAGCCGGAAGAUCCACUGCUGCUCGCCAUUCGCGGCAAGAUGAAGGAGGCGAUGCGCGCCAGGAACAAGGGCGAGGCCGAUGUAUGGCGCUCAAUCAUUGGCGCAUACAACCAAUCGCAGCAUCUCCCCUCUCCUCAGCCACUCUCCCGCCUGCUUCUCUCCGCAUACGAUCAGCGCAUAACCUCUGCCGCCACCUACCGCGCCGCGACGCCUGCGCCGCGCAUCGAUCUGGCAGAGGCCGAGGAGGCCGAGGCGCAGCUGCUCAGGCCGCUCCUGCCGAAGCUGCUGGCAGACGAGGAGCUGAAGCAAGAGGUGGCGCGCGCAGUGCAGCAGUCAGAGGGCAAGAGGAUGGGAGAGGUGAUGAAGAUCCUGAAGGAGAGAUUGCCGGCCGAGGAUGGCAAGCGAGUCGCAGGCUUCGUAAAGGAGGCGCUGAAGGCGUAAAAAGGGCAAAUGUCACCCCCUCGUGCACGCUUUUCUGCUUGCUUGCAGACCGCGUGCAAUGAGCGAAUCGAGACUGGAGUUGGGGGGCGGUGGGAGUCGGCCCCGCUGCGUGGGCAGCACGGGCUUUCGUCCUUCCAGUCGAGUCGCUUUCACUGCUCGAAAGGCAGGUCGCGCCGUCGCUCUCAUCGAACCAGACGCAACGAAGUGGUGGUCAGGUAUCCAUUGCCCCCCCUUCCCUCCCGCGCGGCGGCGGCUCCUCGCUCCCUCUGGGUAGCAACUAUGUCCCCUUGCCUCUCGUCCUCCCGGGCCAGCCUGCAGACCAGCUCUUGCCCCUUCUCAUCACGUCUUUGACCUUUCCCUUUCCCGUGUGCGCUACCGAGCCCCCGCAGGGCUGCGUGCACACAGCCAGCGCAGCGUCAC